CGAAGUCCGUGGUAGCGGCACGGUGGACUUCGGGCCUGGGCCGGGGAUCUCUGCGAUGGAAGCGAGCGGGGGCGAUCCGGGCCCAGAGGCCGAGGAUUUCGAGUGCAGCUCUCACUGCUCAGAGCUGUCCUGGCGGCAGAACGAGCAGCGGCGCCAGGGCCUCUUCUGCGACAUCACCUUGUGCUUCGGCGGUGCCGGAGGCCGCGAGUUCCGGGCCCACCGCUCUGUGCUGGCCGCCGCCACCGAAUACUUCACGCCCCUGCUGUCGGGCCAGUUUUCUGAGUCCCGCUCCGGCCGGGUGGAGAUGCGCAAGUGGAGCUCCGAGCCGGGGCCCGAACCCGACACGGUAGAAGCCGUUAUCGAAUACAUGUACACCGGGCGCAUCCGCGUCAGCACGGGCAGUGUGCACGAGGUGCUGGAGUUGGCCGACAGGUUCCUAUUAAUUCGUUUAAAAGAAUUUUGUGGAGAAUUUCUCAAGAAAAAACUUCAUCUCUCAAAUUGUGUGGCCAUUCACAGCUUAGCCCACAUGUAUACCCUGAGCCAACUUGCUCUGAAAGCUGCUGAUAUGAUUCGGAGAAAUUUCCACAAAGUAAUUCAGGAUGAAGAAUUUUAUACUUUACCUUUCCAUCUCAUUCGAGACUGGCUUUCUGACUUAGAAAUUACAGUUGAUUCUGAAGAAGUUCUCUUUGAAACAGUUUUGAAGUGGGUUCAGAGAAAUGCUGAAGAAAGAGAGAGAUACUUUGAGGAACUUUUUAAAUUGCUCAGGUUAUCUCAGAUGAAACCCACCUACCUUACUCGGCAUGUCAAGCCAGAGAGGCUGGUGGCUAAUAAUGAAGUCUGUGUCAAGUUGGUGGCCGAUGCAGUGGAGAGACAUGCUCUGAGAGCUGAAAAUAUACAGUCUGGCACAUUCCAGCAUCCCGCUUCUCAUGUCUCGUUAUUACCUCGCUAUGGGCAAAACAUGGACGUGAUCAUGGUAAUUGGAGGUGUGUCAGAAGGAGGGGACUAUUUAAGUGAAUGUGUGGGAUAUUUUGUUGAUGAGGACAGAUGGGUAAACCUGCCUCACAUUCACAAUCACCUUGAUGGACAUGCUGUUGCAGUAACAGAGUCCUACGUGUAUGUUGCUGGAUCAAUGGAACCGGGGUUUGCUAAAACUGUGGAAAGGUACAACCCAAAUCUGAAUACGUGGGAACAUGUAUGUAGUCUGAUGACAAGAAAGCAUUCUUUUGGCCUAACAGAAGUCAAAGGGAAGCUCUAUAGCAUUGGAGGACAUGGCAACUUUAGUCCUGGCUUUAAAGACGUGACUGUUUAUAAUCCUGAGCUUGAUAAAUGGCACAACUUGGAAUCAGCACCGAAGAUUCUUCGAGAUGUCAAAGCUCUAGCCAUCGAAGACCGGUUUGUCUACAUCGCUGCCCGCACUCCUGUGGACCGGGAUACUGAAGAUGGAUUAAAGGCUGUCAUUACUUGCUAUGACACAGAGACUCGACAGUGGCAAGAUGUGGAAUCCUUGCCACUUAUUGACAAUUACUGCUUUUUCCAAAUGUCUGUGGUCAAUUCAAACUUUUAUCAGACAGCAUCGUGCUGUCCUAAGAGUUAUUCUUUAGAAAAUGAAGAGGCAGUAAGAAAGAUUGCCAGCCAAGUAUCCGAUGAGAUCCUUGAAAGCUUGCCUCCAGAAGUCCUAAGCAUCGAAGGAGCAGCCAUUUGCUAUUAUAGAGAUGAUGUCUUCAUUAUUGGAGGCUGGAAGAACAGUGAUGAUAUUGACAAACAGUAUCGGAAAGAAGCCUACCGAUACUGUGCUGAGAGGAAGCGUUGGAUGCUUCUUCCCCCUAUGCCACAGCCACGUUGUAGAGCCACUGCUUGUCACGUGAGAAUCCCAUACCGGUACUUGCAUGGCUCACAGAGAUACCCUAUGCCUCAAAACCUAAUGUGGCAAAAGGACCGCAUUAGACAGAUGCAGGAAAUACAUAGGCAUGCGCUAAACAUGCGGCGAGUGCCCAGCUCUCAGAUCGAAUGCUAGGUUCUCUAAUAUGUGCGACUUGAACUGUUACACCUGUCUCGUGAGACUGAAGAUACUCAGACUGUUACUUGAAAGAGUAUGUCGAUAACUUAUUUUCUACACGGACUGAUUAUUAUCCCAUAUAAAGGAAGUAUAGUUAAAAAGUGAAGAAUGCCAACCCAAUUCAGUACGUGGUAAUUUUUGUUCACUUGUGAUAGUUAUGUUUUUGGUUUAUGUACGUGCUAGUUAAACCAGAUCUUAUUAAAAGACAAGUGGGAAAAUUAGGUGUAGUUACUCGGCUGUUUUUCUGCCAACGAGUUAUAUCACUUCUUUGUCUUAAGGACUUGUAUUUUGAACAUGCUUUAAGCAGCACCAAUUUUAUUUGCACAUUUACUUUGAUAUUCCUUUUUAUUUUUUCCGUAAGGAUCAGUUUAGACAAGAUCAGAAUUUAUGCAUUGAGCCCUCAUCUGCAGAAGGCAUGUGCAAUAGAGAGACUGAAAUUUAAAGAAAAAAGGCACCAUGUUUCGGCAAGAAGAUUUCGGAAUGUUUGCAUGAUAUUUGUCAUGUGUUUCUAGAAAUGCUGUUUUGCUCAUUUCUAGAGAAGGUGACUGAUGAGACAUUUGUGACUGGCUCAUGCAUUUUUGAAUAGCAACUAUUUAUAGACUUCACCCAUUGCCCUGAGAAAAUGGUAGCUGGCAGAAGUAUUGACCUUUUGCUGAUUGAAUACCAAUUGAAUACUGAGGAAGUUCCAUAGGUGAAAUUUGUGUCUCUAAGAAGAAAAGCAUUAUUAGUCUAAACUGAAAAAUAAAAGGCAUUUAAAAUUCAGAACUACAGUUUCAGGACUUGCUGGCUUAUUUGAGGAUAUGCUAAUGAGUGUAAAUAAUGCCUCUGACAAUCAGCACUCACCCAUUUUAACUUUUGCUCUAGUGCAUAUUGUACAGAAUCUUCCAUCAUUCCUUUCUACAAGAAACUUUUUCCGAGUGAGAAGGCAAUAACAAUUUAGAGAAAUGUUGCUAAAGAUAAGCCAUGUUAUUUCUGGCCCUGACUGAUACAAUAUUUUAUCCAGCUACCCAAGACUUCUUUUGGAACUUGCCUGAGCUUAGAAUACCAAAUUUGGGUGCAUAAUUUUGGCUCUUAAAGAUUUAUCACUGUAGUUAUCUUUUAUUUAUUUUUAUGUGUUCUUCUGAUUCUCUUAACUCCCACGCUUUAUACAAGUUAACACUCAGGUUGAUUCUUUUGUGCUCAGUUAACAUAAAGGACUCUCCUCCUGGUUGUUUGCAGUGUGGUUUCGGUGUAUUUUUGUUUCCUGAAGAAUGUCUUUACCUCCUUAGACAUUUUGGAGUACCAUUCCAAAAGUCAAACUGCAAGUGCAGUGAUUUUUUUUUUCCCCCUACUCCAUUAUAGUUAACCUUCUUACUAGUUGUGUGAUCAAAUGUGAAAAGUAAAAAAGCACAAGAGAUUUUGGUUCCCUAGUUGCUGCCAUACUAUUGCCAUUUUAGCCCUUGAACUCUAUACUAGGACUUUCCUGAAAUUCCUAAAUUAGUAUCCCUGCCUAGGACAAGAGUUUUUAGAAAAUGUGUUGGCAAUUUGCUUUAAACCCAUUUAAUUUAGACUGGACUGGGGGUGGGAAACUGUAAGUCUGUUUCUAUGUAAGAAUAUAUUUCCUUAGCCUACCACUACCCUUUUCUCAAUUUCUCCUUUGUAGCUAUUUCAGUAAAAGCCAUUUG